GGUUAAACUAGCCAGGAAGUGCAGCACUGCAGUGUUUUUACAGACAGAGACGCAGUAAUUCAGUGUUUUAGUCUUUUAUAGAUUAGAGAUGUCUCAGAGUGUUUAUGAUGAUGUUAUCUGCACUGAGGAGCUCAGCAAAGAAGAUAAAGUGGAGAUGGUGGUGGAUCUUUAUGAGAGUGCAGAUGCUUAUAGAGGAGAUGAAGUGGAGCAGUUGAUGGUUAUCUAUGAGAGUGCAGACACCAUUCGAGGUCAUGACCUCAUCACAGAGACAGAGGACGCCAACGCAAAUAAAACCCUGCAAACACUGAAAAAAGAGAGUCACACUGCAGAGAGCAGAUUCUACAGACUGACUGCAGUGUGUCUGGGGCUGCUGUGUGUCCUCCUGCUGACGGCCAUCAUAGCACUGUGGAUCAAACUUUACAGCUUAAUGAUGUCAAAAGAGGAAUUACAGACCAAACUGACCAUAGAGAGAGACCAGUUACAGACCAGUUACACCAACCUGACCAUAGAGAGAGACCAGUUACAGACCAGUUACACCAAUCUGACCAUAGAGAGAGACCAGUUACAGACCAAUUACACUAACCUGACCAUAGAGAAAGACCAGUUACAGACCAUUUACACCAACCUGACCAUAGAGAGAGACCAGUUACAGACAGAGAGAGAUUUAUUACAGAAGAGGCUGUCUGAACUGGAAUGGAUUAAAAAUCCAGAAUGGAGAUACUUCAACUACAGUGUUUACUACAUCUCUACUGAGAGUAAAACCUGGAACAAGAGCAGAGAGGACUGCAGAGAGAGAGAAGCAGACCUGGUGAUCAUCAACAGCAGAGAGGAACAGGAUUUUAUUGAGAAAUUAAGAAGAGGUCGGGCUUGGAUUGGUCUGACAGACAGUGAGACAGCAGAUGUCUGGAAAUGGGUGGACGGCUCAGCACUGACCACUAAGUUCUGGAGACCUACAGAACCCAAUGGACCAUAUGAACACUGUGUAAUAAUUGGUGAGGGUUCUGAUCCUGUAAACAACUGGGCUGAUUAUCCCUGUAGUUAUUUGUUUGUUUGGAUCUGUGAGAAGAGAAUAUUUGAAUAGCUGCAUGUUAACAGUUAAAGCAGCAGUUAUUUAUGUUUUUAAUAACUGUCUGUGUACUAAUUAGAUUUGACCUGUGUUCUGAUGACCUCUGUUGGUUUAUUGAUGGUAGAGUAAACAGGGAUAAUUCUGAUGUGAAAACAAAGCCCAGUCUGUUUACAAGACUGAACUCUCUGUAGAAGAUUACAGAAGGCUGACCAACCACUGACCAUCUCUGUGUGUUUUGUAAUGCAAAAAUAACAAGUUUAUAUUUCUGCAAAGACUCUGAAAAGUAACAUAUUACAAUAACGGGAAAUCUUUUUUUCCAGUAACAGAGUAAUGAAAAACAUUACAGUUUAAAUUCUUGUGAUCACCUGGGCUGAAGUUUAUAGACAUUUUAUUAAGUAUGUUACCAAACUGAUCUUUGACUUUGGAAUAGCAAACAACGGAUUUUGACAAAUAAGGCAAAAUCUCAGGAG